GGCCUCCGUAGAGUCGCUCGCCUCAAACAUGGCAGCUUCCAUGUGUUAACGUGAGAGCGAGCCGCAAGCGGUGUGUAACAGAAAGUAAACAGCCAGCACAGGGGUGCCCAUUGCUUUGGACACAAAAAAAAUAAAACUUCCGAGAAAACAGGAGAGCCAGUGUCCACGCAGAGGAGGUGACACGGCCAUUGUGGCUUUAUGCUGGUGCGGACAGCCCGGCUGUUCCCCUUCAUCAUCUCCCAUCACCUGCAUCCCUCUCGCACACAUUCAGCCGGACAGGCAUUUCGGUGGAGUGCAGCUGCUGCUAGCAGGGGAGUGAGAUUCAUGGAAACUGAAGUUCCUGCAUCUAACCCUCCAGCCGCAUCUGCUGAAUCUACAGCAGAUGGCACGGGCCAGUCCGCCACUAGCUCUACAGGUGACCAGGAGAAGACGCCUUCUGUGGGACUGUUACCAGGAGAGACAGUGGUUAAAGAGGGAAAGGCAGCCAUCUUGUUCCCCAGUGCCAAUGAGGUGUUUUAUAACCCAGUGCAGGAGUUCAACAGAGAUUUAACAUGUGCUGUGAUCACAGAGUUUGCGAGAGAGUUGCUGGCUCAGCGAGGGGUGAAGGUGGUGGUGCCAGGCGAACAGGAGAGGGUGGUGGUCUCUCUGUCAGAGGAGACGAACGAGGCCGAGGCACAGGCGGAAGAGAAAAACGGAUCAGAGGAGCCAGCUGUAAAGGCAGCUGUGGGGGAGAAAUGUGAGCAUGGUCUGCGUGUCCUGGAGGGCCUAGCAGCAUCUGGUUUGCGCUCGGUGCGUUUUGCUCUGGAAGUCCCAGGCCUGCAGAGCGUCACUGCCAACGACUUCUCUGCUAAGGCGGCGGCUCUGAUCGCCAGGAAUGCCCAGUACAACGGAGUGAGCCACCUGCUCCAGGCCAGCUGCAGAGAUGCCAGCAUGCUGAUGUAUGACAUGCGAGGGAAGAAGGAUCGCUAUGACGUCAUUGAUCUGGAUCCCUACGGUAGCCCGACCUCUUUCCUGGAUGCUGCCGUGCAGGCUGUCAGUGAAGGAGGUCUUUUAUGUAUAACAUGUACAGACAUGGCAGUGAUGGCAGGAAACAGUGGAGAGACUUGCUACAGCAAAUACGGUUCAGUCUCCAUCAAAGCCAAAUAUUGUCAUGAAAUGGCUCUGCGAGUCAUCCUGCACAGUUUGGACCAGAGGGCGGGAGUGUACCAGCGAUACAUCCAGCCCCUGCUGUCCGUCAGCGUCGACUUUUACAUUCGGGUCUUCGUCCGCGUCUUCACAGGACAGGCUACAGUCAAAAACUCAGCCAGUAAGCAGGCGCUGGUGUACAACUGUGUCGGCUGCGGGGCUUUCCACUUGCAGAGAAUGGGCAGGAGAACAAGCAACGGAAAACACAUGAAGUAUUCUGCUGCCACCGGGCCACCGGUUGGACCAGAGUGUGAGCACUGCGGACAGAGACAUCAGCUGGGUGGUCCGAUCUGGGCAGAGUCCAUCCACGACCUGGAGUUCGUCCAGAAGGUUUUGUCUGCCGUGUCAGGGAACCCUUCCAGGUUUGGGACAUCUAAACGUAUCGAGGGCGUGCUGAGCAUGGUGACGGAGGAGCUGGAGGAUGUGCCGCUUUAUUACACUGUGGACAAUCUGAGCAGCACAAUACACUGCAAUACUCCACCCCUGCUCCAGUUUAGGUCUGCUCUCCUCCAUGCUGGUCACAGGGUCUCCCUCUCUCACGCCUGUAAAAACGCUAUCAAAACAGACGCUCCUCCUGCAGCCAUCUGGGACAUCAUGCGAUGCUGGGAGAAAAUCAACCCUGUGAAGAGGGAGAAAUUAUCUCCGACCAGCCCCGCAUUCAAGAUCCUCUCCACUGAGCCCAGCUUUGAGGCCUGUUUUACUGUAAGGGAGGACGCCAACCCUCAGUCCCGUAAGCGGCACCUGACCCGGUUCCAGGAGAAUCCUCAGGCCUUCUGGGGACCCAAAGCUCGCGCCAAAGCUGGUGGUGGAAUGUCUGCUGACCUGCAAGACAAGAGGAAAAAGUUCCAGAACAAGAGAAAGAACCAGAUCACCGACUCUUCUCAGCUCAAGACCUUCCCCUGCAAGAAGUUCAAACAGGGAACAUGUACACACGGAGAUGAGUGCUGCUACUCCCAUGACUUGGCGCAGACAAAUGAACAGAAAAUAGAGUGAUGAUUCUAUAUUUUUCCUUUAUUUUAAAAUCCUCUUAUUUGUGGAAUUUGAAUGGAUGUUUGAAUGUUGCACAGCAGACUGUUUUGGGUUUUAAAAACGUUACUGUACAUAACAUUUCCAUGAUUUAGUUUUACGCCAGAGGGUUUCUUCUUUUUGACUGUCGGCCUGUGUUCACACCAAUAAAGUCAUUGCUGUGAGA